AUGCAGCUGAGAAAAAUGCAGACCCUUAAAAAGGAACACGGACGUGCUGACAAAAGUAGCAAUGUGGACAAAAUCAUGGUACUUAAGUCUACUUUAGCAGAAGUGUCUGAAGAAUUGUCUACAACUGAAGAGAUACUACUCACUGAAGCAAGUAGUGGAAAAAGCAAACCUUCAGCUUGCCGGAGAAAGCGAGAAUUCAUUCCAGAUGAAAAGAAAGAUGCUAUGUAUUGGGAGAAAAGGCGGAAAAAUAAUGAAGCUGCUAAAAGAUCUCGUGAAAAACGACGACUGAAUGACCUUGUCUUAGAGAACAAAUUAAUUGCACUGGGAGAGGAGAAUGUCACUUUGAAGGCAGAGCUGCUUUCUUUGAAGCUGAAGUUUGGUUUAAUUACUUCUGCAGCCUAUGCCCAAGAGAUACAGAAACUCAGUAGCUCAACAACUGUGUAUUUCCAAGAUUAUCAAAGUUCCAAAUCAAAUAUUAACUCAUUUGUGGAUGUACAUGAACCAUCUAUAGUUGGUAACAGUUGUAUUUCUGUCAUUAUACAUUCUUCUCAAAGCUCUAUGUCUGAUAUGUCUGAAAUAUCAUCAGUAGAGCAUACUCAAUCAAGUUGUAUGCAAAACAACCACAGAAGUCCUGAAACUAAGUUCCAGUUUAUAAAACAGGAGCCCAUGCAAUUAGAGAGAGUGACAAGGAAUUACAGAAGUUUACAGAAAGCAUCCAUAUAUCCACAUUACAUGGGAACUACCUUUAACAUGCAUUCAUAUUCUCCUCCUCUGUUCCAAGUCAAUAGGUCCUCCAGUGAUUUUCCCAGAUCUUCAGAAACUGAUGACGGUGCAGUUGGAAAGUCAUCUGAUGGAGAAGAUGAACAGCAGGUUCCUAAGGGUCCAAUCCAUUCCUCACUUGAACAUAAAAAUAUUUGUGCAACAGUUAAAGUUCCAGAAGUGAGUUCUUCAGCUUUGCCUCACAAGCUUCGAAUUAAAGCCAAAGCCAUGCAAGUUAACAUGGAAACAGUAGAUAAUGACUAUGAUGCUGCACAGAAACUAUCAUCACCUAUUGAUAUGUCAUCAAAAAGACAUGUUAAGCUUGAAAAACACUCUACACAGAACUUGGUGCAUUCUUCUCACACUCCUUUCUCAAUUCAAGUGACUAAUAUCCAAGACUGGUCUCUCAGACCAGAACUGUGCCAUCAAAAGGAACUCAAUGUCAGAAUUCAGAGUGGUUGCAAAACUGAAAUUGUUGAAAUAAAAGACAAUAUCUUUAAUGUCUCCAAGUCAGAGAAACUGUAUUUGAGGCAGGGCAUAACAAACUUAUCUGCAGAGGUUGCUUCCCUUAAAAGACUUAUAACUACACAAGAAAUCUCUGCAUCAGACUCUGGUUAA